UGUCAGUGUCAUUUUCAAAAAUAUUUUUACGUAAAAUCAAAAUUAGUUUCUUGUAAAAAUGUUAUCCCGGCGGUUGUUGCAAAUUACAAGUUCGUCUAGAGCUGCUUUGUUUAAAAACUACUCAGUGAAUCAAACAUUUUAUUCUCCUUCAUGCGCAUGUUUAUGUUACGUCCAUCAGAAAUUUAGGUGUAAAACAAGUACAUUGCUAGUAAAAGAUGUAGGCUAUUGGAAAAAUGAAAUAAGAUUUUCUAGCACAACUCCCUUGAAACACAAAACUUUUGUUGAUAAAAAACCGCUAGCAAAUGACGCUGUAAAUAAAAUAAAGGCUAUAAAUGAAGAAGAUGCACUGGAAAAGUUUGUAGCUGGCCUGUCAGCAGACAUUCAUAACAAGAAAAGAGUAUACAAGAAUGAUUUGCAAAGAGUACUAUCUAAAGUGAAAUCAUUGAAUUAUUCAUCGAAAAAGCAAGGUUUGCUCCUACUGCAAUGUUGUACAGAUUUGCUUGCCGAUGAAGCUCCUGCAACGAGGAUGACAUUAGCUGAACAAGUGUGGAAUACUAUUAAACCACACACAAAAUUUGAAGUUGCGCACUAUAAUGAAUUACUCAAAAUAUACAUUGCCAAUAGAAGGUCUGUUGUUGCUGCCAGUUUUAUCCAGAAAAUGUCACCGAUAAAGCCAAACAUGACUACUUAUGAACUUCUGCUAAGAGCUAUUGGGGAGGCAGGAGACUUGAACCAAGCCACUGAAGUGAUAUCAAACAUGAAAUCAAAUGGGUUACCAGCUACAGAAAGCAUAUUUAACUCUCUGAUAGUUUGUCAGGGAAAGUCUGGGCAACCAAAUAAUAUCCAAGAGGUAUUAACAAUGAUGCAAUCAUUAAAAAUAGUGAAGUCAGCCGACACUUACACCGCUAUAGCACGAGCCCUGGCCUGGAACAAGCAAGGUGACAAAGUGCUUGAAGAAUUGUCUUCAGCGUACAAAACGGGUAUACGGUUUGGCGAGAACCAUAUUAUGGAUAUUGUUAAAACCUUGGCUGAGUGUUCCUUGUAUGCCUUUAUACCUCAGACACUCCGGUUCUUACCCGAAGAAAUGUUUACCACUCCAUCAAUAUCUCCGUAUAUGCAAGCGGUUUCAACUCAACUGGUGUUCCAAAACCAUCCUAUGGCAGCGUUGGAAAUCUACAAAUGUCUACCGUUGCCUUCCUUCGGCCCUAAGGAUGACCAGGGGUUACAUGGGAGGAGCUUGGUCAGGGAUUGUGUUAAGGCUGCUAUGCCGUCCAGUAUAAUAGGCUUGAUAACCCAAGAGCUUAUGGCAUCUGGCCGCAACCCCAUAGCCCUCCAGAAUGCGGCAGAAGCAGCCUUGCAACAUGGGAAAGUGCCGCUGGCGUUAGACAUGUUUACACGCAUGAAGCAGAUAGGCAUGCCGCUCAGAUGUCACUACUUCUGGCCUAUACUGCUGCAUUCUAGCAAGUCCUUUGGGGAGAAGGGAAUAAUGAACGCCCUCCAGACAAUGAUAUCGAUGGAAGUACCGCCGGACUACGAAACGGUGAUGGAUUACAUCCUGCCGUACGUCAGUUUUACGUCUCCUCAGAAUCUGAUGAAGAAGUUCCAAGAAGCAGGAUUGACCACCAACAUGGUGCUGACACCGAUGAUGGAAACGCUUUUGAAUACUGGACAAGUAAGGGCGGCUAGUGAGAUAUGUGAAUUAUUCGAAGGCAAAAUAGAGGCUGAGAAACUGUUAAAGCCUCUAAUAAAAGGUUACCUUAUUAGUAUGGACACAAAGUCCACCAUCCAUGUGCUAGAAGACAUGACGUUAAAGGCUACAGAUAAAAAUAAAGACUGGGUCGGGAGAUUUCUGUGCCAUUUCGUCAAGCAAAAACAGCAAAAAGGAGAUCUCAUAGAUUUUCUCAAUAUUGUGAAGGCGAUAAGUAACACACCUCUAAAGAUCUCAACAUUAGCAGCGGACUACUGUCUCAGCCGCAUCCCUGAUUCAUUCAGCCAGGAGAAGAUAAACAACUUCAGAGACACCCUCAUAGGAAUCACUGAAGAGAAGCUUAUUGAUGAAGGAGAGAUAUUUACUAACCAGCUGCCACAUCCUAAACACAUGAAUGAGGAGUCACUCAGGGCGCAUUUGGUGGAACUAGAAGCCAAGGGUAUGAACACGCGGGGCGUGCUCAGGAAGUUGCUGCAGGAGUACUGCAAGUCUGGAAACCUGGCCGCUGCUAGGGAGAUCCUUGAGAAAUGCCAGAAAGAAGGGGUAUUUCUAUCAGCUGGCAUGAAAGCCGCCAUAUUUGACUUACACGUGAAGUUAGGCGAGCUUGACCUUGCUGAGCUGACUCUAGCAGAUUUGAACCGAUCUGCGCCUAACUUCCUGUUGGAUGAGUACAAGGUCAUCGACUUCGCUACACUGAUGGUCUACCGGGGCAGGAUCGACCGGGCGUUCGAUUUGAUCAAUGAGCAGUCUAAGAAGAGACGCGUAAUAGGAGGUCGGAAUAUAUCAAUGAACUGCUGGCGACUGCUCGACGCUGUAGCAGCUCAGAACAGCUACGUUGAGACCCGAAAUAUGUUCGAUUUGUUGACCUCUUUACGGUACUGUCGCCCUACUAAUGCUGUGCUCGGACCGCUGAUUCGAGCGCAUCUGAAGCUCGACAACUUAGUAGAAGCAGUGAACGAGUUCACUCGCCUAGCAAACAAGUACCACAAAACGCCAUUGAAACACGAGUUACUCUGCAAGAUUCUGCAAAGUAUGAGCGAUGGGUUGUCAGAAGACAACUUCUUGACCAACGAGAGGUGUAACGGAAGACUGAAUAAGUUGGCGCAGGCGAUAUUGAAUAUUGAUAAGAAGAUUCACGGCGCGGGAGAUGUGCAGUUGACCUUAAUAGCAGCCCUGGCCGAUGUGGGAUACAAGAAGACAUUACGCAAGAUGCUACUAGACCCCACAGUACGAUUCCACCCAGAUGCGCUACUGCGCCGUUGCGAGAGGUUCGCGGACGAACGCAAAGUGCACGCUUUAGAAACGAUCGCUGAAUGCGGCCGGGACUUGAGAAACGUAGACGUCGUCGAGAUCUAUGACAUGAUUCUGGAUGUGCUUCAACGUGACGAUAACGUCGAGCAAGCUAUAGAACUGUGGAAUAGAAUGCACGAACAAGACAUUACACCGUCACAGAAGUUCGUCAGAAAUCUGUGUUCCAUGGCCAAGACUAAUAAGAAACCAAUACCUCCUGAAAUUGUUACUUUGGCAGAGAAACAGCAGAAAGCGGCCUUGGAAGCGUCAGGUACACAAAUCUAGGUGGAAACUUGACCAUUUUUUUUCCGCAGGAAUUCAUCGUUUCGUUUCAAUGUAAAUUUCUAAAAAUGAAAAAAGCCGAAGAAGUUGUGUGUCAGGAUCGUGGAAACCGUGAUCUCUGCUUACCCCAACGGGAAAUAGGCGUGAUCUUACGUUGUGUAUGUAUGUGUAUUAAAAUGUAUACAAUACAAAUCAGAAUAUCUAUUAUUUGGACUUUGAUUUGCUAAUUUCAUUUAUAUUUGAAGAAAAUUAUAUUGAAACGAAUUAUAUCCCUUAAGUUUGAAUACGAUCCUUGUCUACGUGUAUGUGUUGUGCGGAAAGUCGAUGUGCACGUACGUAAAUUAUAAAUAAAUAAAAAUCGAUUUUAUUUUAUAUUAUAAAUGUAAUUCAAGGCUUUCCCGUUUGUAGACUGCUGUAAAUAUUUAAUUGUUAAAAGUAAGUCAUACAUAAAUUUAGGCUUUAUGAAAUAAAUGUUUUGAAAAUAUCGACCGUUUGAAAACGUUCUGUUACAAAUGCACCAAAAAAAUAAUGUGUAUAUCUAACUUAACAGAAAAGUCAGUUUAUGUAA